CAGGCGUCCACCUCGUGACUAGAAGAACGGUCGACGGGGCCGAAGGAUUCCUAGACAAAUAUUUGCCUCCAGACACUCCCGCUUUGGAACCUCUCCCGCCUGACCCUGCAAGUUGAGUUAGGUACGAUGCGCCCAAGGUCAAGCGCGUACUAGGUGCGCACCCUGUGGUGCGCAGAGUGACGACUGGUGUCGUUCGAACGAGUCGUCAAUGACAGCCGACGCCUUGGUGAACACGGUAUAAAAGCUAGUACUCUGGGAAAGGCUCACCAGCCAGCGCCCCACGUCUUUCCGUCAUCUUUCCCACUUUCACGACUCUUGCAGCGUACUCGAACUCGACCCAUCAUCAAUCAUGAUGCCCUCGAGCUCCCUGAUUGUCCUCGCUGUGCUGUUCACCGCACCCUCGGUGCUGGGCGGCAAGCUCGGGCGGGAUAUCAUCGCGGCGCGCCAGUUCCGCUACAAGCGUGCGCCUGUGGCCUCGCAGACGUGUCUUGCCAUCAACACCGACAACAAUGGCGUGGCCUACACCGACUGUGUCUGCGCCACCGCGGACGCCGAGACCGCCUUCCUUAACCGUGCGCCCGCGGACGUGCUCGCGAACUUGGGCGUCACGGACGCGGCGUCGCUCGAUGCAUUGAUUACGAACGACGGCACGGUGUGCAACUACCCCGACAACUCGACCCCCGUGUGCUCUCCAGACGACGCGUGUGCCUUCACCUGCCCGGAUGGCGUGGAGGUGAGCGCGGAUGGCACGACAUGCAACGUCUGCACGGACCCGGCCCUCGUCUUCAACGCGGCGACGCUGCAGUGCGAAUGCCCAGCGCCGCAGGUGACGUGUAAUGGUCAGUGCUUCCCUGAGGGGACGACCUGUCCGUCGGCCGCACCGGGCGGCACCCGCAAGCGCUCGGUGAAGCCGCGCCAGCGGAAGCGGAAGGUGUCGCCGUCCUGCGAAGAGGGGGAGGAGCUCUGCGGCAUUAGCGGCGUGCGAUGGGCGUCGGAGUGUGUCAAUACAGAGAAGAACAUCGAGUCUUGCGGCGGAUGCAUGACCCCGAGCCCGCUCACUCUCCAGAGCAGCCGACGAGGCUUCGACCAGGGCGUGGACUGCACGCAGAUCGCGAACGUUGAGAAGGUGUCGUGCGACGACGGUGCUUGCCGUAUCAUCUCCUGCAAAGCGGGCUUCCAGCCCAUCGGUGGAUUCUGUGUCGUCAGCUACCUUCCUACGAACAUUAUGGACUAAAAUAACGUGUAUACUACUUUGUACUUCUUACUUACCCAUUCCUGCAUUUGGGCAAUUUCUACACCCUUUCUAACCGGCCAUGGCGCGUGGAUUUUGUACUUACACACUUCGUUACUACCUUUCCACCUACCAAUACACGGCAUACUGUUUGCUACCUCUCACCGGAAGUAUCUUGUCUUCGCCAGAUUUAGAUCCUUACUCAAUGUCUGUAUCCUCCU